AUGGAAUCAAUAUCAACACGGAAGCGCGAGCAUUCCCAACACACGGAGUCGAAGGGAACUCUUAGGCUGUAUGAGCAACUGGUGGUCCUGCUCCGGACAAGAAACGAGGUGAAGUUUCUAUGCAACCGUGUGUCCUUGUCACUGAGGGCAUGCAUAGUGGUUGAGCUUGCUCUUUGCGGAGCAAUAGGGCUGAAAGAGGGCAGAGUCGUGGGCAAGGACAAUAUGCUGAGUAAUCCACUUUUGGUAGAGGCAAUGAACAAAAUUUACCAGGUCCAGCUGCCACCUGGCGAGCUUAUGUACAGGCUCAACGGAGAAAAAAGGGGAGGGAGUAUUCACAUGAGAAAUGUCAGGCUGAGGGUUUACAAAGACUUAGAAGAAAGACGCAUAUGCAAGGUUGAGAACAGAAACUUGAUAUUCAACAGGAUCACCAUGAGUGAUUACAGCAUAAGAAUAGAAUUGAUAAACUACAUAAAGGAAUACUUAACCUGCAGCAGAGAGAUAGACUACAGGGCAGAGACCCUUAUUGUGUGCCUUCUAUUUUGCUCUGCAAUGGACAGCAUACUCAUUUGCAUGACAGAAAAGGAGGCGACCACGUCCAGUGCCCACAUAUGCAGGAUCAAGGAGAGGUACAAGGCCAAGGACGCCCAUGGGUCUGGGAGUGAGGCGAUUAUAAGCUCUGUGCUUGGGGCUCUGCUAAACUCCUGA